GCGUCACUACAACCCCCACGCCCAUUCUUCAUCCUCACGAUUCCGCCGCCGUCCCAAUCGUCUCCUUCGUCCGACCAUCGUCCGUUGUAGGCGACGAUCAUACGAAGACGCUCGCCGCGCCGCGCCCUCGUUAUCUUUCGAAGUGAAGCACAACUGCGCUCUCCCUAUGCAGCAAGCUCUUUUUGUAUCGACUGCGUCGCAGGUGACAGCAACCAUUGUUGUCUCUUCUGCCUAUGCCCCCUUCAUAUUCGCCGGAACUUCAUCAUAGCGAUCGUAAAGUAGUUUAGAAGAGCAUGUCAUUUCCAUUUUUACCUUCCAAGCGUUCUUAUGAAAGAAAUCCCCUUGAGUUGAAUGGGAGGGGAAAAUGGCAAAAGACAGGACCUCAUUCAAAAAAGCAGAAACAGAUAAAAGCUCCUCCUGGGGCUACCAUGUUCCGUAUUCUUUGCCCUGCAUCAAAAUCUGGCAGUUUUAUUGGUGACAGUGGAGAAAUUGUUGCAAGGAUACAGAAAGAGACUUGUGCCAAAAUUAGACUUGAAGAAAUUGUUUCUGGCUGUGAUGAGAGAGUUAUUCUUAUCACUGGAUCAGAGAAAGAUGCAGAACUUGGCAAUGAGCCUAAAAAAGAAGAUGAAGUUUCUGAAGGCGGUGAUAAUCUCAAGGAAAGUGCUGAGAAUGUUGGUGAGUCCGAGGACUCUUCUGCUCCAGAAAGCACAAAGGUAGAUGAAGGACCACCAUUAUUAGUUAAUGCUCUCUUACUUAUUUUUGAGAGAAUUAUUGAAAAUGAGCCCGACAAUGAGGUGGAUGAAGAAGAAAAUAAGAAGCAAACUACUGUUUCUGCAAGAUUGUUAAUUCUGUCUAACCAGGUAGGUUGUCUACUUGGGAAGGGUGGGAGUGUUAUUAAGCAAAUAUCAGCAGACAGUGGGGCCCAGAUUCGCAUACUUCCUAAAGAGAAACUUCCUUUGUGCGGCACACAGCAGGAUGAAAUUGUCCAGAUAAUUGGAGGGGUCGAUUCAGUGAAGAAAGCUCUGCAUUUAGUUGGUCAGCAACUCCUAGAUAACCCAACACGUGAACGUGAUUCUUUUCCUCUGGCAAAUUCUUCUGGUCCCUUGUCACAUCCAUUCGCUUCUAUUCCUCGGUCAGAAGGUCUUCCACCACCAAAUUUUCAUUAUCCUCCUCAAGGACCACCUUUCUCCAACAGGCCCCAUGACAUGCCUGACUUCCAUCCAGGCAUGGGCCCACCUUUUCCUAAAUUUCAUGAAAGUGGACCACCCAUACAUCCUCAAAUCUCUCCAGAGCCCAUCACUUUCAGGUUACUCUGCCCUGCUGAGAAGGUUGGGAGUGUGAUAGGGAAGGGAGGGAACAUUGUGAAAACUCUUCAAAGUGAAACUGGUUGUGAAGUUAAAGUUACAGAGACAAUUCCUGAAUCAGAGAAUCGUAUUAUAAUCAUAUCUGGUGUUGUGCUUCCAUCUGAUGAGGUUGCACCAGUACAGGAUGCUGUUCUCCGUGUGCAACAAAGGAUAGUAAUGGGUGUACCUGAUCCUAAAGAGAGUACUGUCUUGUCUAGGCUGAUUGUUGCUUCCAACCAAAUUGGUUGUCUUCUUGGUAAAGGCGGGGCUGUAAUAACUGAAAUAAGGAAGCUUUCUGGAGCUCAGGUACGUAUUCUUGGUAAAGAUCAGAUCCCGACGGGUGUGCCUGAAAGUUAUGGAAUGGUCCAGAUAUCUGGAGAAUUUGGAGCAGUUCAGGAUGCUUUGUUGCAAAUAACUUUUAGGCUGAAGCAACAUCUUUUCCGUGAUAAGUUGCCUGCCAUGGAUCCCAACAUGCAUCCUUCUUUUGUUGAGCAAAUGCCUAAAUAUGGCUUACACAUGGGAAGGAGGGAAUCUUCACCCUCCAGGUUGAACUCUAAUUUGCCCCCAUUUCAGAAAGAUUUUGUUGGUCACCCAUUUGAAGAAAGAGCUUCCUUUGCUCAUCAAAUGCAUGGUUCAGGUAUUCCUUCUUUUGGUGUUAAGAGACCUGGACCAUGGCUACCUCAGGGAAUGAGGGAUUCUGGUGGCCCAUUGCCUUUACCUGAUUACCCUGGAGGAGGUCCACACAGACGGAUGGGUGGAUUUGCUAGUGGAAACCAGCUAAUUCCUAUUGCAAGUGUAGAUGUUGUGGUUCCACGGUCUCUUGUACCCAACUUGUAUGGUGAAGAUGGUGGUUGCCUAAGGCGGAUCCGUGAGAUCUCAGAAGCAAAAAUUACAAUUACUGAACCCAGAUCAGAGGCAACUGAAACAGUGAUCAUAAUAGCUGGGACACCAGAACAAACCCAUGCUGCUCAAAGUCUCAUCCAAGCUUUUGUGAUGAGUGAAACUAGUUCCAUAGAAUCAGCUAAAUCUUGAGCAAAUCAAGAAGCUUCAAGGGAGAACAUGUUUGCAGCCUAGAGAUUCUAAAGGUUCAUGUUCCACUCAACUAAUAUUAGGUUUUUGUCAGAACUCAUGAGUUUUAUUGAGACUAGUAUUUCUGGAGAGGUUACAAAAAUUAUGGAUAUUUAGCUGAAUGAGUUGGUUUACCUCUCAGACAAGCCAAGAAAGGAUCAUUACAUUCCUUGUAUGAGCUGAAUUUAAGUAUGUGUGUGUGUGUUUUUAACUCUGUUAGGAGGAUACAACAUUAACUGGUUGCUUUUGUGGAUGUUGCACACGUUAACAGUGAACAUAGUAAAGUAUCUUAAGCUAUUAUUUCUAAA